ACCAUAUUGUUGUGCGAGCUAUGCUAGUUUCUGUUCCGCGGUUCCGCAUUUCUGCAUGCUUAGAAGCGGUAAGUUUCGUGGGCACAUCUAAUGUGCGGGAUAACCGUGACCGCCGGUGGAUCGUGCGUUUAUUGCACGUUUUAUUGCUCGUUUUAUUGUACCUGCACGUUGACUCGUCAGAAACUCGCGGGAGAGCCUAAACUGGCUCAACAGCAACGUGAUGGCUGCAGUGGCGUCGUCAGCGUGUGCCCCAGCCGAGGCGGCAAAGCAUGUCAGGACGAGAAGCAGCAGAACAGUUCGAGCGGCGGUACCUUUUUCACCUGACGUCAAGUUAACGUCGAGAAGGAAAAAGAAAAAGGCAGCCAACAAAGAACCCACCUGCUGCAAGAAAUGUGGAAUUACACUGAGGGGUUCGACUAAGCAUCUUUGUGCUGCGUGCUGCGAGCCAUCCUUGGACGUUGGACCUGAAGAAGCUCAAAGCAACCUGGAGUUCGAGGAGAACAAAAAGAAAUAUUUGGAGGAGGCGAAGGCCUUUGCAGCGAACCUUGCCAAGGUUUUUGACGACCUAAACGCAGAGCGUCUUUUCUGUCCGGUGUUCAAACCUAAAGGUCCUUGUGCCUGUAUCCAGGGGUAUCUCAGUGGUGAUGGCUCAGAGCAGAGAGUCCGCAGUCUGCUACAGCUUCUGCAGGAAGCCAAGAAACUGUCACAGCAAAAGUGCUACAACUGGGAGGAAGUCAAGCGCGUUGGGAAAAGCCACGCAGUGGGCAUGGGCAAUGGCCAGAAGCACAGUGAGUCCUUUGAGCUGUUCGUGAACGAACAUCGACCUCGGUUACGAGAGCUGAAGCUGUGUGAACGAGCAACGCAGAAGGUGCUCUUCUAUUCCAACAACUUUCUUCACCGGGACCUCAAGACGGAGCCUAAUAAAGGCCGACGAAUUCAGCGGACCAAGGGCAAGGCGGCGCUCGGGAAGCUGAGGAGCCUGGACCAACUUGCUGAGGACAAGUGUUGCCAGCAGAGGUGUGCAGGACUUGCACAGCGAUACGCGACGCUGGUCAGUCAGUGGCGGGAGCGUUCGCAGAUGGGCCAGACUGAGAAUCGUCGUGUUCUGGCCGAGAUGCUGACUCCGAGUGGACCAAACUCGACAAACUGCUACAAGUUCAUCUCCUGGGUCACUGGUUGCAGCUUCACGACGAUAGCCAAAGUCAGCAAGCAGAUGUUGGCCACCGGAGGAGAUCGCGAACCACCACCUCACAAGCUCAAGAAGUUCUGGGACGCUAAAAACACCUCGCAAGAAGAGAGCAUACAGAACGAAUCAUCAUGAGCCUCCAUAUUACUUUCAUUCUUUAUAUUCGUCUCUGUCUUGUCAGAUAUCAUUUCACU